AUGCUAGCAUUGAUAACUAAUUUAGGAUUAAAGAGUCAUAAAGAUAAAAGUGAACCGAAUAUAGAUAGUUUUGCAACAAUUGUGGAAUACGAUUUGCCACUUUCUUUUGAAAACAAACUUGUUGAAGUUCCUGAAUCACAAAUAAAUUCAGAGCAGAAUGUUGAAGAGUUACAACAACUUAUAAACUCGCACAACAUAAAUCAAAAAAUCUACAACUUUCAAAAAUUCGGGCCAGUGACAAAUGCAACACUUCUGAUAACAAUUCAAGUUCAUAACCGAAUUACAAACUUGAAGCAUCUGAUUUCAAGUUUUAAAGAAGCAUGGGGAAUUUCAAAAGCUAUGCUAAUCUUUUCUCAUGAUAUUUAUGAUGCAAGCAUAAAUCAAAUCAUUCAGGAAAUUGAUUUUUGUAUGGUGAUGCAAAUCUUUUAUCCAUAUUCAAUUCAAACACAUCCAAAUUUAUUUCCUGGGAAUGAUCCACAUGAUUGUCCAAGAAAUGCUUCACAAGAAUAUGCUAAAUCGAUAAAUUGUACAAAUUAUGAAAGUCCUGACGUUUACAAACAUUACAGAGAAGCAAAAUUUACUCAAAUGAAACAUCACUGGUGGUGGAAGUUGAAUCGAAUAUUUGAUCAACUCAGAGCUACAAGAAAGCAUGAAGGAAUUUUACUUCUGAUUGAGGAAGAUUAUUAUUUAAGUAAAGAUUUCAUUCAUAUCUUGAGACUUUUACAAAUGCAAAUUGAACAAUUAUGUCCCACAUGCAAUUUCAUAUCACUCGGUAAUUACAAAAGUAGUCCUAAUAUGUUCAAUAAAAACGCUAUCGAUGUCAAAAUGUGGACUCCAAAUAAUUACAAUAUGGGCAUGGCAUUCAACAGAACAACGUGGAAUCAAAUCAAAAAGUGUACGAAAUAUUUCUGUGAUUAUGACGAUUACAAUUAUGAUUUUAGUCUUGAGAAUGUUAAUAAAAACUGUUUGGAAGACAAAUUGUUAACAGCAAUCGUUGUUGGUAGUCGUGUGCAUCAUGUUGGAGAUUGUGGCGUUCAUCAUCAUAAAGAAAAAUGUAAUAUCGAUAAUAUUGUGAAAGAUUUAAAGGAGAAAUUAGAAAAUUCCAAACGAUGGUUGUAUCCAAAAGCAUUAAAAAUACGCAAAUUCUCCGACAUCCAAGAGCACAAGAAACUUAGUCUUUUCGGUGGAUGGGGUGAUGCUAGAGAUCGAAGCUUAUGUCGGAACAUGACGCUUGAAUACUCUGAAGUGUUUGUUAAAUGA